AGCAAUUGACGGCUGCCACCAGUUUAGUAUCGAUACCAAACACUAUUAAAUUAUCGAUGCUCAAUAGUGGACUUAUAUCAUUCGAACGUGUAACGAGAUCCGCCUCAUCUGAUGAAAAUGGUUCCAUGGCAGCAACAAUACCGGAUAAACCAAUAGAUUUAAAAAAUUAUGUAAAGCUAUGCGAGCAACGAAGAAAAUUUCCUGUUUUGUACAAAGUAGAAUUUCAGACUGCAGUAAAAGUAGAAACUCAUUCCUGCAGACAUGCAACAAAAAAAACAAAUUUGGACAAAAAUCAAAAUCAAAAAUGUAUACCAUAUGACUAUAAUAGGGUAGUUCUAGAUCCGUUAGAAGGAGAGCCAGAUUCUGAUUAUAUUAACGCCUCGUAUGUCGACAGUUUGUUAAAACCAAAUGCGUACAUAGUAACCCAAGGGCCGACAGAAGAAACCGUUACACAAUUCUGGCGGAUGGUGUGGCAGGAACGAGCCAGCGCCAUCGUUAUGUUGACCAAAACAUUCGAUUUUAUCAAGGUCAUGUGUGUACAAUACUGGCCAGCUUCAAAAGAAAAAGAUGAAUGUUAUGGUGGUAUACAUAUAGGAGUUUUACAAGAAGAAGAACUAGCCAAUUUUCACAUAAGGACAUUUCGACUGUAUAAAAAAAACUUUGACGAAGUGACGGAAGAGAGAACGCUUCUUCAGUUUCAUUAUACAGAAUGGCAUUCUCACAGUUGCCCCUUUGGCAACGCUAUUUUGGAGUUCAGGAGGAGAGUUCGGGCAGUUGUUGGUCACCGAAUUGUUUCCAGUACGGACAGCGGUCCCAUGGUUGUCCACUGCAAUGAUGGAGGUGGUCGAUCUGGUGUUUAUCUAGCAAUUGAUGCAAAUAUGGAAUUAGGAGAAGAGGAAGACGCCUUUGAUGUUUUUGGUUAUCUUAAAAAAUUACGCCAAAGUAGAAAAGGACUUAUAGAAAAUCUUGAACAAUAUAAAUUUGUGUACGAUACUCUGGAAGAGUACAUUGUAUGUGGAAACUCUUGGUUUCCGGUUCGCGAUUUGUCCGCACGUCUUAAGCAAAAAUCUUUGCGACAUCCAACUACGAAGAUGAACGAAUAUCAACGUGAAUAUGCGCAAAUUUGCAAACAGACUCCACGAUUUACCAUUGGUGACUGCGCCGGUGGACAUCGUGGAGAUAACAGGGAAAAAAAUCGAGAUGUUUUGGUUGUUCCUCCUGAUAACUUUAGACCGUAUUUAACAUCGUUUCAAGGAAACGCCUUUACGGAUUACAUAAAUGCUGUGUUUGUUGACGGCUAUACUAAGCCUCGGGAAUAUAUAGUUACGGAAUGGCCUUUGAAAGGAACUUGCGGAGAAUUCUGGUCCCUUGUUUACGACUAUGAAUGCGCUGCCGUUGUAAUACUUUGCCUACCCCCCAAAAAUUCGCAACAAUAUCCAUCGUUUUGGCCAGAUGGACGACAUUCAAAGAAAUACGGUCCUGUGUUCACUAUAGAUCAUAUUUCUCAUAACCACUACAGUAACAUAAAAUCUUGGGUAUUUCGCAUCAACAAAAAGAUCGUGUCUCUGACUGAACUUAUGGCAGGUGUGAAAGCACCACCAAGGACUGUACAAUUAUUCCAAUUGACGUGUUGGCCUAUGGGACACAAAGUACCGACGUCUACGAAUAGUCUAGUGGAACUAAUGAACAUGGUGGAGCGUUGGAGACAGCGUACGGACUAUGGACCCGUUUGUGUAGUCUCACCGGACGGGAGAUCUCGGGUCGGUGUUUAUUGUGCCGCGAAUGCUUGUAUCGAGCAAGUGAUUCAGCACGGCGAGGUGGACAUUUUCCAGGCAGUGAAGACAGUCCGACGACAUCGACCACAGUUGGUAGAAAACAUGACAGAAUAUAAGUACUGCUAUGACUUGGUGUUGCAUUACGUGUUGCACUAUUUAAACAAGGACAUGAAUGAAAAGAAGUGAGAGUGCGAGUUACAGGACGGCCUAUGGUUUAUUGAGAGCGGCCGCGGCGCCGCACUGCCUCGUACACCCGAAGAUGGUGCUGCUGGCGCCGUCGCUGGUUCAUUGGCGACCGAUGUAACUUUGCCUC